CAGGAAUUGAUUGCACCAUGGCCGCCGACAAGACACCGCGAAAUGACGACGUCGAAGACGUGCAAGACGAUGGCGGUGCAGUGAAUGAGUCCCUACAGGCAGACACGAGACUGGUGGAGCUGCUUCAGUCCGGGGACCUCUCGGAGGCAGUGAUGGAGAAGUUUCAGACCAUGAUCGAACCAUUCCAAGAGCAAGGCCAAUUACUGGAUCCCCUUCUCCGCGACAUGGUAACACCUGUGGUCCGACGCAUUCAAUCCGUGUUUUCGUCCAUGGCGUCAACCAGUCCAUCGUCGGCGUUUCCGUUUCAAGUCCUGGAUGCGGCGACGCGCAUUCACUUGCAUCGCGCGUGUCAAAUUCUGUACCUCUUGUGCAAAGUGCGUGGGUACAAGACCAUUGUCAAACUGAUGCCGCACGACGUCGCCGAGUUUGAACCGGUGCUGUUGCUGCUGCAAUCUCAAGAUCGAGACGACUUUUCGACUUGGGAAAUACGCUUUGUGCUGCUGCUGUGGCUGUCCAUCUUGGCUCUGGUACCAUUCGACUUGAAAUCCAUCGACUCUUCCUUGGACGGCCACGAAGAACAUGGCGAAUCAAUUGCGAUUGUGGCCGACAUCGUCGCCAUUUGCAAGACGUAUCUACAGGAUAGCGGCCCCACGCAACAGGCCGCGGCGCUGUGCUUGGCACGACUCUUGAGCCGCCCAGACAUGGAAGACCAGUACUUGGUUGCGUUUCUCGACUACGUCAAGGUCGAGCUCGAUGCAUUUUGCACCGCUAGUCACGCAGCAGACUCGUCGCAAGCCCGUAUUCGCCAGUACAAGAUCACAGGCAUCAUGCUGUGUCUGUCGUACAUUUGCAAGUUUACCCCCCGAGACAAGCACAUUGUGUUGAUGGGCGAGUACUUUGGCCACGUCAUGCACGUCAUCGACGCCAUCCGCGCCCAAGACGCCGCCACAGUCGUCAGUAGCACCGUGCAUCGAAAGCUCAGCACCAAGCUGCUCCAGCGCAUGGGGCUGCUCUACUUGCCCCCGAAAGUGAUGACGUGGCGGUAUGCGCGAGGGGUGCGGUCGCUGGCGGCGAAUUUGGCAGCCGCCCCCCAUCCCGUGGCCGACGCUUCUGCUGCCAUUGACAAAACAUCCAACCCGUUCGAAAACGACGACGACGACAUGCAAGUGCCAGCAGAACUCGAACAGGUGGUGGAUGUGCUUCUGUGCGGGUUGAAAGAUCGCGACACGGUGGUCCGGUGGUCGGCUGCCAAGGGCGUCGGCCGAGUGACGUCGCGCCUGCCGUUUGAGUUUGCCGACGACAUCGUGCACGCGGUUCUCGAGCUGUUUUCUGCCAACGAGAGCGAUGCGGCGUGGCACGGGGCGAGCUUGGCCAUGGCCGAACUGUCGCGGCGGUGCGUCCUCCUUCCGGACCGACUGCCCCAGGCCGUACACGUGAUUGGGCUGGCGCUCAUGUACGAUGUGCGGCGAGGAGCCCACAGCAUCGGCGCCCACGUACGAGACGCGGCUUGUUAUGCUUGCUGGUCGUUUGCACGGGCGUACGAACCGGCGUUGUUUUUGCCAUUUUUGAAGCAAACGCUGGCCCCCAUCAUGCUCACCGUGUGUGCGUUGGACCGUGAACUCAACUGUCGGCGCGCGGCGGCGGCGGCCUUUCAAGAAAGCGUGGGUCGACAGGGAGUGGGGAAUUUUCCCCACGGCAUCGACCUGCUGACAAAAGCCGACUACUUUACGCUCGCGUCCAUUUCGCACGCGUAUCUGGACGUGAGUCGCCACAUCGCCCAGUACGCCGAGUACCGGUACGUGCUCGUUGACCACUUGGCGUCGGUCAAGCUGUUUCACUGGGAUGUGAAUGUGCGCGUGCUGGCGGCCUCUGCGCUGGGCCAGCUGGCGCCGUUGGACGUGGCGUACGCGCUGUCGGCUAUCGUUCCGCCCUUGCUCGUCGCGAGCAUAUCGCCCUCGAGCGACGUGAUCGUCCGGCACGGGGCCACGCUGGCCUUGAGUGAGAUCGUGCUGCAUAUUGCAAGCGUCCCAGCGUUUAUCGACGGCGAAGUCAUGCGGCGGCUCAAGUUGAUCCCGAUUGAAAUGGACAAGCGGCGCCUGUAUCGCGGCCGCGGCGGAGAGAUGAUUCGAGUGGCUGUGUGCACGUUGAUGCAAACGAUUGCCAAGCUGGGGUGGCCACUGCCCAUUACCUUGGCCAAAAAGUACCUCAUUACUGUCGAAGAAUGCCUGAAAAACCCAAACGAGUUGGUGCGCACAGUGGCCAUCGCUGCGUUUCAAGAGCUGGCGACGCGCUACCUCGCCAAGCUGUUGGACUCACCUGACCAUGCUUUGUACAUCCAGGCCAUCGUCCCGCGCUUCUUGAGCUCGGUCAAGGACAAGAGUAUGUUGAACCCGAACGUGGCUGCUCGACGAGGGUUUCUCAAAGCAUUGGGCGUGAUGCCAUAUGUGCUGCUGCAUCCCCACGUGCACCAGUGUGUGGAUCUCAUGAUCGUGGCGGCCGUGGCCAGCUACCACACCCCAGACGAACAAGAUGCCGAGUCCCGUGUCGCCGCCAUCCAAGCGUUGGUGGACAUUGUGACCAAGAACCGCCAUGAGAUGACGGUCGACAUGCUCACGCGUGUGCUGGAGAGCCUGCUCAAGUGCGCCGACGAAGACUACAGCAUGGACGAACGGGGGGAUGUGGGAUCGUGGGUCCGCAGGGAAGCCAUGCAGGGGCUCCACGUCAUCGUCCAACACUACUGCGCCGUCGGCACACGUACUGGUGACGACAUGUACAACCAACGAGUGGCUGUGACGGGCUUUGGCACGGGGGUGAUCGUGGAAACCCGAGCGUUGAAGCGCAAGAUGGUGUCGGUGCAGUUCGCCAAGCCCGCCCUCGGGUACUUCUACUUUCCGCCCAACGGCGUCGGCAUCUUUGCGGACGACCGCGCCUUGCAUGUGCCGACACCCCGGGGAUUGCCGUCGCUCGAGGCGCGCCACGUCAUCACGUCGUCAACCCAUUCGACUACGCCAUCGUCAUCCGUCGUGGGGGUUCCCCCCGCGAUUGUGUCUAAGUUUUGCCUCGUUCUGGUCAAACAGUUGAGUGAAAAGUUGGACAAUAUCCGAAGCAUUGCGGGCACGAUUCUCGUCGAGUUGGUGGCCAGCGCCACGUGGAUCGAUGGCGUGCCAGAUCGGCCUCAUCUAACUCGGUGGCUCCACUCGUCUGAGGGCGUCAACUGGUCCAUGGCCCACGACACGUUUCCUAUUGUGAUUGGCUUGUUGGAUAGCCCGUCGUACAUGGAGGCGGUCGUGGAGGGGCUCGUGGUGUCGGUGGGUGGGCUCACUGAGAGUGUGGUGAAAGCCUCCAAGCGCGCGCUCUUGGGCUGGCUGACCGCCCGAGUCCAGAGCCAGCACUUCAACGCCGCCAGUCAGUUUGCCCAUCUCUGCGUCGGUUUGUUUCAAAGACACGCAAAGGACGACCGCGUCGUGGUGCCGCUUCUGAAAACCAUCGCGUUCUGCUUGGACCAAGGCGCGUUUGCAUUUUUACUCCAAGAUGGAGGCGCGCUGUUUGGCCACGCCCUGUACGACGCCGUGCGAGCGGAGAUGGCCAAGUCGUCCGAAGUGCACAAGCUCAGUGCCGGCUUGGCAGUCCUCGUGGGGCUACUUCCGAGUGAAGUGUCGGUCGAGAAGAGAAGUCUACGGGGGAUUUGCGUCUGCCUCGGCCAUCGGUUUCCAAAGGUGCGCAAACUCGCGGCCGAGAAAUUGUACACGCGGCUCAUUUUGCAUGAAGACUUGGUCGACCAAGCCAAGGUUUGAUUCGAAUACUGCUUUGCAUGGAAUAACACUACUCGGCUUCGUUAGAUUGGACAAGUGCUGGCCGUGCUCUGCGACACUGCGUGGGAUGCUGAUCUGUCGCUCGCACGCAAUAAGCGCGAUGUGCUGGUGGAGUUGCUGGCCCUGGACAAGAUUGAAACGAUCAAAUCGUCCGACUCGCGCGCCAACCUUCCUUCUUCUCCCACCAGUAGUCGCCCAGUCGAAGACACUUCGUACAAGUCCCUUGUCAAGGAGAUGGGGUACUAACUCAGUAGUGACACAAUAUAUAUAUAUAUAUACAAAAGUUGUGAUUUUAUCAUUAUUA